AGUGGGAAGACGCUUAUGACGUAAGGGGCCGGCAGAGCCCGCCGCUCUGUCCCCUCCCCGCAGACACCCCUUUUCCCCUCCCUCUCCUGUCAGUGUCUGGCGGUGGGCCGGGCUCUGUAAUUGUGGCGGCGCGGGCGCCCUGAGCCCCCUCCUCCCCCUCCUCUUUCUUCCUCCUCCUGCCCCUCCUCCAGGCUGCUCACACCCCACAGCGGGCACACACGUUCCGUCCCCUCUGCCGCCGGGCUCACACUCCACUCCAAUCCUCGGGCAACAUGGCACAGAAUCGGGGAGGUGCCGGGGAUGGCGAGAUGGACAAGUCCAGGAAGGUGGCUCUCAUCACCGGCAUCACCGGCCAGGAUGGUUCGUAUUUGGCUGAAUUCCUCCUGGAAAAGGGUUAUGAGGUCCAUGGAAUUGUACGUCGAUCAAGUUCCUUCAACACAGGGCGGAUCGAGCAUCUCUAUAAGAACCCUCAGGCUCAUAUUGAAGGAAAUAUGAAAUUGCAUUAUGGAGAUCUCACGGACAGUACCUGCCUUGUGAAGAUAAUUAAUGAAGUGAAACCUACAGAAAUCUACAACUUAGGAGCCCAAAGUCAUGUCAAAAUUUCUUUUGACCUUGCUGAAUAUACUGCUGAUGUUGAUGGCGUUGGCACUCUACGACUUCUUGAUGCAAUCAAAACUUGUGGCCUUAUCAAUUCUGUAAAGUUCUACCAAGCCUCAACAAGUGAACUUUAUGGGAAAGUACAAGAAAUACCACAAAAGGAGACUACCCCUUUUUAUCCUCGGUCACCAUAUGGAGCAGCAAAACUUUAUGCUUACUGGAUAGUAGUGAACUUCCGUGAGGCCUACAACUUGUUUGCUGUCAAUGGUAUUCUUUUCAAUCAUGAGAGUCCCAGAAGAGGGGCUAAUUUUGUAACUCGAAAAAUCAGCCGAUCUGUAGCUAAGAUUCACCUUGGACAACUGGAGAGUUUCAGUUUGGGGAAUCUGGAUGCCAAGAGAGAUUGGGGCCAUGCCAAGGACUACAUUGAGGGGCAGCUCCAUAACAAUAAGAGAGUAUUUUUCUGCAUACAGAAAGAUUAUGAGCAUUCUUUCAAUUUGAUUUUUCUACUGGAGUUAGAAGAGUGUAAAGAAGUUUGUUUGUUUUUUAAACCAAUGAGGGAGAAUAGUAAUCUGAGUACUCUCCACAUAGUUGUCAUGUACUAAAAAAGAUGGAUCCCAACUGGAACAGACUGACAGAAGAUCUAUCAUGGUGCCCCCUGACAUUAGGUAACCUCCUGUAGCCCUUGAGACCUUCAGAGCAAUUGCUCAGGGAAAUGCAACUUUGCUGGUCCAUGUCUGUCGUGCCAAAUGGAAAUGUGUCUUAAAAUAGCUUGGCUACUCUUUUCACUACUGAGAAAAUUUUAAAUGGAAUAUUUACUUUAAAGAGUAGAAAUGAAAGAAUGUAGAACAACAUCUUUCAGUUUGAUCCUAAUUGAAAAAACAAUUCCAUUGAUCAGU